AUGGAGCUCUCCAAGUACCUCGCCUUCCUCGCAGUGGUUCUGCCCAUUGCCUACGGUGCUCCCACCGAGACCGCCACCAGCCUCCACCCCCAGAUCCUGGCCGCCAUGAAGCGCGACUUCGGUCUGGAGGCCAGGGAGGCCACUGCUCGUGUUGCCUUCGAGCAGCGGUCCGUUGAUGUCAUCGAGCAACUGCGUGGCUCGGCUGGUUACGCCGGCGCUUGGAUCUCCGAGGACGGCACCACGCUCAGCGUCGGUGUCACCGACGAGGCCUUGGCCGCCGAGGUGACCGCCGCCGGCGCCACACCCGUGGUCGUUGCCAACGCCCUCAACAAGCUUGAGGAGGCCAAGGCGGCGCUCGACAACAUUGACAUCGAGCAAUCCGCUGCUCGCGACGAGAGCUCUGCUUCCUCCGGCAUCGCUUCCUACUACGUCGAUGUCGCCGCCAACAAGCUCAUCCUCGAGGCUCUGGAGGGCAGCACUGCCCACGCCGAGGCUCUGGCCACUCAGGUCGGUCUCACCGCGUCCGAGUUCGAGGUCGUUACCGUUGCGGACAUGCCCUCCACCUUCGCCACUGUUCGCGGCGGCGAUGCCUACCUCAUCAACCGCUCUGCCCGUUGCUCCAUCGGCUUCUCAGUCACCACUGGCUUCGUCUCCGCCGGCCACUGCGGUACCGUCGGUAGCACUGCCACCACCACCGGCGGCGCGGCUCUCGGAACCUUCUCCGGAUCCGUCUUCCCCGGCAGCGCCGACAUGUCCUACAUCCGCACCGUCAGCGGCACCACCCUCACCGGAACCAUCUACGGCUACAGCCGUGGCACCCUCCCCGUCUCCGGCAGCACCGCCGCCGCCGUCGGAGCCUCCAUCUGCCGCUCCGGCUCCACCACCGGUGUCUACUGCGGCACCGUUGGCGUCCUCGGCGCCACCGUCAACUACGCUGAGGGACGUGUCACCGGUCUUACCCGCACUAGUGUCUGCGCCGAGCCCGGUGACUCUGGUGGUUCUUUCUACUCUGGCGCCCAGGCCCAGGGUGUCACCUCUGGAGGCUCCGGCGACUGCUCUUCCGGCGGCACCACCUACUUCCAGCCGGUCAACGAGAUUCUGUCCACCUACGGCCUCACCCUGGUCAGGUCUUAA